AAAGGGUGUGUGUGUGUGAAUACUUAUUUAGGUUCUCCCCAAACGGCGCUCAGUGCAUUCUUGUCUUGACGGGUGGCAGGAGCACAGCAUCGGGGUGAGAGAGAAAGAGAGAGAGAGAAAGAGAGGGACAUUGAGCGAAAGAGAGAGAGAGAGAGAUACAUUGGAUACAUAGAGAUAGAGAGUGGGAGUGGGAUAGUAGAGUCCGAGAAGAAGCUGAAACUUCACUGCAGACGCUCCUGCACAGGAUAAGAUCCAGAACAUAAUCUACUAACCGUGUGCAUGGCAAUCACGAGCACUACAAUAGGCUGACUGAACUACAACAAUGAACGCUGUAACCGCCGCCACCUGCCUGCUCGUCGCCGGCUUCAGCUGCUACCUCUACGGCAGCGACUGGCUCUUAUCGCUGCUCCGUCUCUCUGUUGCAGAACUCUCCAUGCCUGAGCCUGGAGCUGCUCCGCGGCGGAGCCCGCAGGGAGUCCCCUACACCGAGCUGCAGCACAUCGUCAACGCCGACGGACUGCACCUGUUCUGCCGCUACUGGGAGCCCGCCAGCCCGCCAAGGGCUCUGGUGUUUAUCGCCCAUGGAGCUGGGGAGCAUUGUGGGCCGUAUGAUGAGAUUGCACAGAGAUUAAAGGAAAUGUCUCUGCUGGUAUUUGCACACGACCAUGUUGGCCACGGUCAGAGUGAAGGCGAACGGAUGAACGUCAAAGACUUCCAGGUUUUCAUCAGAGACUCCCUGCAGCAUGUGGACCUGAUAAAAAGCCGCCAUCCUGACCUGCCCGUCUUCAUCGUGGGCCACUCCAUGGGUGGUGCGAUCUCCAUCCUGGCAGCGUGUGAGAGGCCCAGUGACUUUGCCGGAGUCGCUCUGAUAGCUCCGAUGGUCCAGAUGAACCCAGACUCAGCCACACCAUUCAAGGUUUUUAUGGCGAAGGUUCUUAACCACAUACUGCCCAGCCUCACUCUGGGCUCCAUCGAUUCCAAAUGGAUCUCACGGGACAAGAAGCAGGUUGAGGCGUAUGACUCUGAUGACCUGAACUUCCACGGCGGCAUGCGGGUGUCGUUCGCCAUGCAGCUGAUGGGUGCGGCGGCGCGCAUUGAGAGGGAGAUCCCGUCAAUCAGCUGGCCCUUCCUGCUCCUGCACGGCGACGCUGACAAACUGUCUGACAUCAGAGGCUCCAGGAUGAUGCACGAAAACGCACCAAGCUCGGACAAGAAAUUGAAGGUCUACGAGGGAGGCUAUCACGCGCUUCACCACGACCUCCCAGAGGUGGCCGAGUCUGUGUUGAAGGAGGUGACCAGCUGGAUUACAGAGCACCUUCCCGUCAGUACAUCGCAACAACCACAAGGCUCAUAGAAGGAAGCCUGCUCGCAUUCCAGUUGUCUUUCAGGCGUAACAAUACUACUACACUCUCUGUUUUUGGAAAUACGUUGGGGCCUAUAGACUGAAGUUAUUUACUUUUUUUUAUAAAAGAAAAGUUACUGACUUUAUCCUCUGAGCAUAUACUGUCGAAAAAAAGACAUAUAUCUCUCUCCUCUUUUUGUACCUGUCAAUCAGCCCAAGUUACACAGAUUUUAAUGGAUGUUGAUAGCCAGCAGCACUUAUGAUCAGGGAUUCGCCUCAUGUAUUCCAGGCGGUUUUGCUUUUUUGCUUUCCAUUUACCAUUCAAACUAGGCUUGUUUUAGACCUCUCCUAAAUGCAAGUCAAGUCUAAGGUAGAAAUGCUACGGCUAAAGUGCAAUAGUAUCUCCACUUCCUUGUGACGCACACUGGCAACAUCUUUUGAGUAGAAAUGACAAAACAAAUGUAAUAAGUUAUUUAUAUGCGCAGCAGAAUUUCCUUCUUCCUCAUGCACUGUUUAAUGAAAAGGUCAGAGGUCAGGAACAGCAGCAGGACAGCACGUCUGGGCCUGGUUAAGCUUCAGUGCAAGGGGAAUAUUUAACUGAAAAGCUGAACCUGCUUCACUGUCUUCACAGUAUCAGAAGAUUACAGAUAAGAUAAGAGUACAAAUAUCAGUGAAGACAAGAGUUCUCACUGAGGCAGUUUUAUCCGUGCAUGCUUUGAAGCAGUGUCUAUUCAUGAUUCAUGUCUUCAUUCCUGCAGAUAUAGUGGUUCAGGAGAAAUGAUCAACUCUGUCUUUAAGCCUAUUUAUUUCCACCUUUAAAGUUAUACGUGUCUCUGUUUUCUAAUUAUAGCCACAAUAUCCUUCUAUACUGAUUAUUUAACUUGUCUCUGUGAGCCUAUUGACGGGUAUCUGGAAAUGAAGAGGGAGCAGAUUAUCUCCAUAAAGCUGCAUUCUCGCUCUCUGCAGACGAGAAUAAGAGGGCAAAAGGUCUUCACUCUGUGUGAUCUUUGUUCUCUCGGUUCCCUGUUAGAAUCAUUCCCUGCAUCUCUAACUUUAAUUUAGUCCAUGAUGCAGUCAGGGACCCAGCUGGAGAAUGAGAAGUGUCUCUUUGCUCUGUUGCUAUAAACAGAAGAGUGCAUCACCUCUGUUCAACUCACCGUUAAGUAAUGGAGAUGCGUACAUUACUAACACUGGUGGUCACUGAGGGAAUAUAACUCCUUGUUGUUUUACUCUACAGUACAUUAAACAAUUGGCCUCUAAACCACCAUGUAGAACUCCAUCUAGACACCACAUCAAACCUCUAUAGUCGACGUUUUCAAGUUAAAAAUCAUCUAUUUUAAAGCCUAAAUGUUGAUUCAACAGGUUAAAUCUUAAAUUGAAGCAUUUUAAGCCUCAAACUAUUGAAAUUAGUCAAAUUUUACUCAAAUUAUUGGUGAAUAUUGUGGGAAUUUGGACCCAUUACCUCAGCAUUUUUUUCAAAUUUUUUUAUUUAAAGCCCUGGCCACAAGUGACUGCUCAAAAUCAGAUUAGAGUAGUUCAGCGUGAGCUUCUUAAUCACAAGCCUAAAUGGCUAAAGCUCUGGUCGUGAUCACAAUUUUUUCUUUUUUUCUUUUUCAAAGUCCACAUUGAAGUUCUCAGAAGCAGUGAUCUGAAAGGCUUCAAAGAAACCAUAGCAAUAAUGUCACAGUACUCUAUAUUUUUAAUGGUUCUUAAUUAUUCAGUAUAUAGCUAAAUGGGCACAUACUGAGCCAAGUGCUUUAAAUUGUCAGGGACACUUUCGUUAGCACUAUGCUAAACGUUUUCCACCUAUUCAUAAGCUAAUGUAUUAGAAAGUUAAAUUAGCACAAGUCAAGAACGAUUAUGUUGUAAUGUCACAGCCUCCCCUGUAUCACACACAAAAAGAGAUCAAACGUAUUGAUGCUGCUGGUGGUUCAGACAAACAGUAAGAGUCUUUGUUUGUUGACCUCAGACUUCCUGAACAUCCAAAGAAAAGACAUCUAGUUAAAAUGCAGUUCUUGGAAGGAGACUUGACUGUGUCGCCUUGCUUUCCAAAUUUUUUUUUUCUUUAUCAUCCAUGAGUUCAAAGGGACUCAUGCAGCGAGAGGAGGGAACACAUGGAGUGGUAUCCACGGUGACCGCUACUCGUGUGUAACCACGGCAGCAGGCUGGCGGCAAGGUAGAAUGCGUCUUUUUUACAUGUGCAGUCACUGGGGUGAUCACAACAAGACUGACAGAAUGAGAUGAAUUUCUGGCUUGCUGCCUGCUCUGAAUGUAUAUUUCCUCACUCUUGUCUCUCCCUAUCUCACCCUGUGCCACCCUGUUUCACCCAUGUUUUGUUUUUUUAGUUGCUGUGGUGACCAGCGCUUUGUUCAGUAAAUCACAGAGCCCCUUGUUUUGUAACAGAUUCAAAUAUCUUUAACUGUCAGUCAUUGACUCUGUACCUAGUCGUCAAUUUGCAAAACAAUAAUUACAUUCUUUAAGCUUUUCUUUUUACCUUUGGCCAUUAAAGGUCCAAUAUGUAAAAUAUCUACAGAAAUAAUCAAAAUGACCUUACUAUAUGAUCAGACAUUAAGGUCACAUGCUAUGUUGAAGUGCUGGCUUCUCUGUCAACAAUUCAGCAGCCAGUAUGUCCUCCUUCUAAGUUGAGAUUCUGUUGUAGAAUUUUUUUGUUUUUGUUUAGAACAGAUAAGUAGGUGGCAGUACCCAUUUUAAACGCUAGGUGUCAGAGUUACAUAUUGCUCCUUUAAACUGCCACUCAUUCAACUAAGAACGCUAUAGGCUGCUAUAUUUUACCCAUCAAAAGGCUUCAGGAAAGCAAAAAGUUUGUACCUCGGUUUGACCUAAAUCUGCUCACUGUUAGGGCCCUCUUUCUGUGGAGAUGCAAAUGGAUAUUUUGAUUUCAUUGUCUGAUGCUGGCACACACUCACGGCUUGGAAUUAAGUAAAACCCCUGAAUUAGAAAAUGAGAGAUUGAAAUAAGCAUAACAAUUAAAGCAAGAGUGAUUUUUAUAUUUAUAUAAGUUUCCUAUUGAAAACAUUUUUAAAGAAUAGAUAAAAUUGUUCUAGUAAAAAAUAAAUCAUAAGGGGCAUUCAAAGGAAAAGUUUUAGAAAUCAGGAGCAAGUGCAUCCUUUUCUCCGUCUCCUCAGAUAUCAGAAGACAUGAUGUAGGUCAGCCUCUAAAUAUCAGGUCACAUUGCAGUUGGUGCAGAGCUUGAUUGAGAAGUGAAGUGUUUGUCAGUUCCUGUGGGAGUCAGACCCUCAACCUCCACCAGAGCUGCAGGGGUUUAUAUCAUGUGCACUUCAAACACAAUGGCCUCCUGAUUGGGCUGCACCAGUCACAGCACACACAAGGGCUUAACAUUCCCAAUUGUAUUAAAAUCCGUUAACAGCACCCCUGCUGCACAUUGAAAUCAGCCUCACAUGCAGGAUCCUAUGUAGCUGUGACUUCCAGAAGCUUUACCUGUCAGACCACAAGAGUGCUUAUUACUGCAGUCAUUAUCUCUGAGGGUGAGAGAGAGAGAGUGAGAUGAGGAUGGAGUGAGAGGAGAAGGGAGAGAAAUAGACAGGAGAGAAGCUGUCAGUAACCAUGGCAGCACAUGUUUUUUUUUUCUCCAGAAAUGUCAGCCUCUGAAAAAUUUUGUAUUUAUUCAUGGUUCAGCAUGUGCAGCAGACGUUGCUGCGCUUUCAGAGCUGGUUGUCCAUUUUGCUGCUCUUAGAAUUCCCUUUUGUGUGAGCAUCGAGAUAAGAGAGCAAACAAUUAGCCUCAUCAGUUCACAGUGAAUAAUAAGAGCUGAAUACACUCACUGCAUUCAAAUUAGGCUGCUCUGCUGCUGCUGCUGCUGCUGCUGCUUGCACUGAAAACACAACAUGGAUAUUUUAGCACAGUGAAUUUUUCUGGAGUUUUAAAGACCCCAAAAUCGUUCCUUUUUUUUCUCGUAAUUUUGUGUAUGUUUGCUCCCAUUUAUCUCUUGUCUCUAUUCAAAAGCCUCUCUAAGGAGACAUUUUUAAGAUGUCAUUCCUACUCACCUGCAUUAAAGGUGUGUAAUUCCCAAGACAAUGCUCAUAACUUGUAAAGAUAACCUCCUCUGUCCAUGCCAUUACGAAAUCUAUACAAGCAUGACAUGAAUGCAGUUUUGCCAUUUUGAGAGACAGCCAUGUCCAGACAAAUUGAUCUGUUAAUAUGUAAUAAUCUACUCGACUGUUAAUAUCUUCUUAUUUUUUUAAAUUAAAGACAGCAGGUCUUUGUGAAGCUAAUGCUAAGUAUUGUAGAGGAAAUAGUAAUAAUAAAGACAGGAACGUGGGCUGCAUCACUUAAACAAGGCAAAAUGUAACUUAAAGCCUGCAGGUUUGUGAGCGGGACUGUUCGUCUGUUUGUUUUGUUGGUUUUUUUAACUCGACUUUAUGACUGUUUCUAAGAAAAGAGCUGUUAUAUAUGAUGGAGGACUAAGCACCACAGGCAAGUCUUUUUGUAAUUAAAAAGAGAUUACUGCGCUGGAAAGAUGCAGUGCACAGUUUGCAUGAGUGAUGUCAAGUGUCAGUGCACAGCAGGAAUUGAAAGAGUCUUCUCCAAAAGGCUUUCAGUUGAACUGUACCUUUAAGUUCUUCAUCAUGUCUGUAGAAUACAGUGGAUUGAAGUUGUCACGCCCCACAGAUGCUAUUUUCAGAUGUUUUACAAUGCAUUUUUUUGGAGCAAAACCUUAUUCAAAUCUUGCUGUUGUGAAGAAUGGCUGAUUUGAUAGAAGCCAGAGGGACUGAUGGCUGACAGUAAUUGUGAUACACUGUAUUAUAGUACAGCAUUGCUAACAAAUCUUGGAAGGAAAUACGAAAAAUCAACACUGCGAUGUAUAUUACAAAUGUUUUAUUUAUCCUGUCUAGAUUAUUUAUAGGGAAUAAUUUUAUGUAUAGGCUACUAUAUAUUGAUUACACAUUGUGAGAAGGCACUUUUUAUAACUUAAACAUGUCAGAUUUUGUCAUUUUUACUGUUGACGCUCAGCAAAAUUAAGCUCUGUGAUACUUUUUUCAGAUGGAAACUGGUUUGAAGUUGCAUGUAUGUACAGAUAUUAAUCCCCAAAAUGUUUGACAAUGUUGCUGAUAUAGAUUUGCAUAGAGAUAAUGAUGCUACUGUUAAAGUCCACAUUGUGUUUAAGAGGAAAACGUAAGUCUUGUUGCAGUUUGUCACAGAACUAUGAAUGUUUUCAACCAUCUGAGAUUAUAAAGUUUUUGUUUUGUUACAAGAUAUUACUGCUAUACAGAUCUUUAACCAACUUUGCCUGUAAGUAUCUUAUAUUUUAAAUAGAACUAAAUAUUAAAAGUACAAUGAGAGACUUAACGUGGCUUUCUCCGUUCAUAAAACCUUCUGUUACGCCUUAAAAUCAAUCAGUAAACUGCAGGUAUCAGGUUUUUCUCCAUAUCGCAGCAAAUUUCCAGGAAAAAAAAGAAGAGAAUAUAAUUAACCAAGCAGAUUUUUAUGGGAAUAUGUAAUGUUUAUUUUUUGGAUUACGGUCUAGUCCUGUUUGUGCCUUAUCACUAUGGUGAAUGUGUUCCUGAGCAUGUCUAUGUUCAUGAGGGUGUUUUUUUAACUUGAUGUAGAUGAACUGUGUUGAGCAGAUCUGUUUCUCUGUUUCCUCUCUGGCCUGUCAUCACUUCUGUUUCUGGUUCAGUAAAUGUGUCUGCUUGUCUUCCACCUGUCUGUAUCUUCCAGUUUAUGUCUGUCUCCAUUGUUUUGGUCCAAUCAGAAUUCUUCAGUCAAAAACACUUUCUAAGUUUUUCAGAAUGGGCUGAGACAUAACUCCGAAGUACAUCCCAAGUUCUCAAUUUCCAACACCUGUUAUGUUUAACCCGGCCAUGAAGAUACACACAGGAUCAACACAGUCUCACUUGAGUGGCCUAAUGACUGUAUAUCAUUUAGAAUUGAUCAAUUUAUUCCAAAUGGCUUUGAGUAGAAAACAUGAAGAUAUGUUUGUCACAUAAAUUGUAAUAAAGUGAUUUUCUUCUUCCUCAUCA